UCGUGCGCUUCGACAACGACAUAGUCGUCAUCGGCUUGGUCGUUUAUAUACACUCGUUUUUGUUGGUUUGUUGGUGUAUUUUUUCGCUUGAGAGCUCAUUACCGUUUCGCUUCGCUAAGUGCGCUGUAUCGCUUGGGAGCCAGCAACGCGUUAUCCCAAGUCAAUCGGCCCGCCAAGGGAAGUCAAACCAAACCAAGUCAAAUAACCAAAAUCAAAAUUCACCAAGCUGUGAAAAAGUCCCGAACUUAUACUUUUUUCAAAAGUUUUUCUUUAUCGGUGUCUCUGCGCGCUUAUGCAAUAAAUAUCAUAUGCCUGGCUACAGGUGUUCGUCUGUGUAUGUGCCAAUGGUCAGACGUAUCUAAUUGCCUAAAAUCUCUAAAAUUUCACACUUAAAAAGUAGUGAAAAAGAAUUAAUAUUUAAAAGCUCCAACGCGCUAAUUAAUUAAACGUGCCGGCAUGGAAAUACUCAUAUGCGAAAAGUCCGCGACGAUCGGGUCAAACAAAUCGUAGGAAAACGAAUAUAUAAAUUGCGAUAUUUUAGUGUUUAAAAUAGCAAAAAAGUUCAAGGCUGAAACCUGAAACACAUAUACUACAUAUGACAUCGAGAUGCAGGCUCUGGCAGGGAAAAGGAAAAAUAAAGGUACAUAUAAACUAAACAUAAAAAACCCACCGCUGCAUAUAACAGAAACCAAAGUUUCAAUUAGAAAAUAAAUAAACGACUGCAGAAAAAUACUUAGCCAACGAAAUUUACGGAAAAUCACAAUUUGUUGUAAUUAUUGCGCGCCAAUUCAAAAUGCGACGGUGUUGUGCUAUGUAGCACGCUGCUAUGUCGAAGCCGUCAGCACCGCGCCGAUAUUUACAAUCCACUAAAUCUAAUUUGCAAAUAAUAAAAAUUACAACAAUAACAAUAACAAAAUCCGAAACUAAAACGAAUUUGGAAAUGUUUACGAAUCAAAUAUGCAAUUGAAACUCUGACGAAAUUAUCGUCACGUGAUUGUGAGUGAGUACGUUGUAUGUGAUAAUCAAAUAAUGAUAUAUGUCAAUUGCAAAAAAAAAAAUUAAAAAUAUCUGUAUAGCUGUGUAUGUGUUUUAAAUAUGUGAAAUGAAUAUGCUGUUUGGGCAAACCAAAAACCCUGUGAAAACCAACUAAAUCGAUCUCAAAAUAUGCACAUAUUUUUGAGAGCAAAAUUUGUUGGUUAAAAAAUAUAUACAAAAUAUAUAUAUCUACAAAAUAAUAAAAAAUAAUUUAAAAAAUCUAACGAAUUCUGCAUUAAUACACGCUGCCGGAUUUUCAGUUCACAAUUCUGGAUCUCUUAACUCACGCUAUAUAUAAUUAAUAUUUUACAAAUCAAAAACAUAAACAAACAAAAAACUUUCGAUGAUGAUGCUAACUACAGAGCACCUCAUGCAUGGCCACGCGACGUCGGUCAGCCAGAGUGCGCUUUUCGGUUGCUCGACGGCUGGACACAGCGGCAUCAAUCAACUUGGUGGCGUGUAUGUCAAUGGCCGACCGCUGCCGGAUUCUACGCGCCAGAAAAUCGUCGAAUUAGCGCAUUCCGGUGCGCGUCCCUGUGAUAUAUCGCGCAUCCUGCAGGUGUCCAACGGAUGUGUUAGUAAAAUUCUGGGCAGAUAUUACGAAACGGGAUCCAUUAAGCCACGGGCGAUAGGUGGCUCAAAACCACGUGUCGCCACAACACCUGUCGUACAAAAAAUAGCUGAUUACAAGCGGGAAUGUCCGAGCAUUUUCGCAUGGGAGAUUCGAGAUCGAUUAUUGUCGGAGCAAGUUUGCAAUAGCGAUAAUAUACCAAGUGUUUCCUCGAUAAAUCGGGUUCUGCGGAAUUUAGCCUCACAGAAAGAACAACAAGCACAACAACAAAAUGAAUCCGUGUACGAGAAGUUACGCAUGUUCAAUGGACAAUCAGGCGGUUGGGCCUGGUAUCCCGGUAAUGCAACACCGGCUCAUCUAGCCCUGCCACCCACACCAACAGUAACGAAUUUAUCCGGCCAAAUAGUGCGUGAUGAUUUACAUAAACGUGAUCUAUUUUCUGGCGAGGCGUCACAUCCAAACUCUCAUGAAAGUACCUCGGACGGCAACUCAGAUCACAACUCCUCAGGGGAUGAAGACUCCCAGAUGAGAUUACGCCUUAAACGAAAACUUCAACGAAAUCGCACUUCAUUCACAAACGAACAAAUCGACAGCCUGGAAAAGGAAUUCGAGCGGACUCACUACCCAGAUGUAUUUGCACGCGAAAGGCUAGCAGAAAAAAUUGGUUUACCCGAGGCACGUAUUCAGGUCUGGUUUUCCAAUCGACGCGCAAAAUGGCGACGUGAAGAAAAGCUACGGACCCAACGGCGCUCAGUCGACCAUACAAGCAAUAACGGCGGUUCCGGUGGGCGCUCCAGUACCGCCAAUUCUGCUGCGUUAGCUGCCGCAGCAGUGGUCAGCCAUCAAAGUGGAUCAGGUGGCAAUAGUGUUGGCGGUAUUGGUGUAGGUGGAGGUGCGGCAGCCGAUGUCAAUGCGGCUGGUAACAAUGGCAGCGCGGCGGAAGGCUCGAACGGCGGUGGCACCAGCGCAACUGCAGCCGCGGCACUUCCCGGCACAAGUGGUGGUGGCGGCGCAACUGUACCAACAGUGGGUAACGCAGCGGCAGCAGCCGCUCUCAAUGUCGGCGGUCAUGGUAGCUCUGUGAGUCCGCCUAUACAAGCCGUCGCUCCCCGCCUUCCCUUAAACUCCGGUUUCAACACGAUGUAUUCAUCGAUACCACAGCCCAUCGCUACGAUCGCGGAGAACUACAACUCGAUGACCUCGUCGCUGAGCUCUAUGACGUCCACUUGUCUGCAGCAACGCGAUAGCUAUCCUUACAUGUUUCAUGACCCACUGUCUCUGGGUUCCGUUCCGUAUGCAGCACACGCGCGCUCUUCCUGCAAUCCCGCUGCUGCGCACCAACAACCCCCAUCGCAGCAUUCCUCAGUGUAUGGUGGUGGUCCUGCAAGUGGGUCUAGUAGUACAGAUAACCAUACGUUUGCAGGUGUCAUCUCUGCAGGCGUGUCCGUGCCCGUACAAAUACCCGCACAAAGCGCCAGCGAUUUAACCAGCACGAACUAUUGGCCACGACUUCAGUGAUCUACGCUGCUCCUCUCACAAUCGGCAUCCGCCUCAAAAGUCAACGCCGUAACCGGAGCAUCGUCGGUCAGUUCGCUUCCCGGGUCACCACU